AUGACAAAACACAGUACUCUCUUUGAUUCUCCGCCGCAGGAUAACUCCAAGGCCCCGAUCGAGAAUGUGCUGGACUUGACACCAGUAGUGGACCUCGGCCCAGAUGUUUUCACGAAUACGCGCCCACUAUGGCAUCCACCUGGUGCCAGAGGAAUCUACGGUGGUGCUGCCAUUGCCCAGUCCUUAUCCGCGGCCAUGCGCACCGUCCCCGCCGACUUUGCCGUCCACAGCAUGCACUGCUACUUCGUCCUUGCGGGCGACUCGGAACUACCUAUAUUAUAUCAUGUUGAGCGCGUGCGCGAUGGAAGGAGCUUUGUGACUCGAACGGUACAGGCACGUCAACGGGGCCGCCCCAUUUUCACCACCACCCUGAGUUUCAGUAGGGUUGGUAGUGGUGGCGAGAAGACCUUGAAUCACGCUGCCCCCAUGCCAGAUACAUCAAUUCCAGAAGACUCGACGUCCAAGACGGUGAAAGGGCUCAGCGAUGCGGGGGGAGGGCCAUUCGAGUCUAAGAGAGCGGGAAUUGUCAACCGAACCAAGAACCCGGAAGAUAAGAGAGUACGACGACAUGUUCGGGCCCGGGGCCGUAUCUCUGACCAGGGCGGUUUCCAAGCACACCUUUCGGCUCUGGCCUAUAUCACCGACAGCUUCUUUAUUGGCACCGUUUCCCGCGUGCAUGAUAUUCCUCGCUUCUCCUCCCCGGCCGAGCUUGAACAAUUGUUAAAAGCGCUGAAGAACCCGUCGGAUCUCGAUGAUGAAGAUAUUAGAAAGGCACUUAAGGAAUUGAAGGAGGAGGAAGCUGCAGAUCUGAGACGCCGACUCGAAGGAGCGCUGAGUGAGGCCAGUAAGGCUGACCAUAAAGAAGUUGGUAUGAUGGUUAGUCUUGACCAUUCAAUCUAUUUCCAUAAUCCACGGGCUUUCCGAUCGGAUGAGUGGAUGCUUCAUGAAAUGGAGAGCCCAUGGGCCGGGGAAGGUCGCGGUUUGGCGAUCCAAAAGAUCUGGUCACAGAAUGGGACGUUGAUUGCAACAUGCACCCAGGAGGGUGUUGUGCGCUUAAAACAAGAUAAACCGCCACUGUCUAAGAUCUAA